UGGUGCGCUGUGUCCCUCGGACACAGCGGACCACCGAUCAAUAGAAAUAGCCGAAGAUGUCGGCUCGGUCAUGUGAUCAGCUGUGUCCAAUCACAGCUGAUCACAUAGGGAAUAUGUACACUGAUCAUCAGGGCACUGAUGAUCAGUGUAGCCCCAGCAGUGCCACCUGUCAGUGUCCAUCAGUGCCAGCUGUCAGUGCUCAUCAAUGCCACCUGCCAGUGCCCAUCAGUGCCACAUCAAUGCCACAUAUCAGUGCCUACCAGUGCACAUCAAUGCCACAUAUCAGUGCCCAUCUGAGCUGCCUUUCAGUGUUACCUAUCAGUGCCACCUAUCAGUGUGCAUCAGUGCCGCCUAUCAGUGUCCAUCAGUGCUGCCUAUCAGUGCCAGUCAGUGCCACCUAACAGUGCCAGUCAGUGCUGCCUAUCAGUGCCAGUCAAUGCUGCCUAUCAGUGCCACCUAUCAAUGCCAUCUAUCAGUGCCGCCUAUCAGUG